GACAUCUGACGACGGUCGGAGGAAUUAAGCAACUGCGGCGGUCGUCUGCGUAUCGUCUGGCUACAAAAUUGGUAAAUUCGAAUUUAUUGCCUUCGGCUAUGGAUUCCGGCCCCGAAGCCACCGUCUCUAACGUCUCGUAGGCGGUUUGGAAGGUGGAAAAGGCCUCUGAUGCUCCUAUUCGGUCCGCGGGCGACGUCGUUUGUCUCUUCCGUUAAGCCUAUUUAGGCUUAGCGGGUAGGAUGGUGGAGCCCAUCUUCGACUACCAAUUCCGUCUCGUAUUGAUCGGCGAUAGCACCGUGGGGAAGAGCACCCUCCUCAAAACGUUCACAGAAGGGAAAUUCGCAGAAGUGUCGGAUCCCACAGUCGGAGUCGACUUUUUCGCUCGUCUGGUCGAAGUCAAGAGCGGAGUCAGAGUUAAAAUGCAAUUAUGGGACACGGCGGGACAGGAGAGAUUCAGAUCUAUCACGCGAUCAUAUUAUCGAAAUUCGGUUGGAGCCUUGCUCGUUUAUGAUAUUACACGGCGUUCUAGUUUCGAACAUUUAGUGGACUGGCUAUUUGAGGCGCGUCAUCAUAUUGAACCACAGAAAGCAGUGUUCCAGGUAGUGGGAUGCAAAGUGGACAUGGAGCACCUAAGAGAGAUACCAACAGAUGAGGGAAAGGCAUUCGCCGACUUCUAUGGGGUGAAGUUCAUUGAGACGUCGGCCAAGACAGGUUACAAUGUGGAGGAGGCCUUUGCCAUGAUCGCCCAAGAAAUUUAUAGCAAAAUAGAAACUGGAGAAUUUAAAGUGGAGGACGGCUGGGAUGGAAUUAAGACUGGAUUUGCGCGUCCGAGAAGCAAUGUUCACCUGAUGGAGGCAGAACCUGAAGGAGGAGGCUGUUGCUAAAAUUUUAUAAUUACAAUAGGGAAUAAAUUAACUAAUAUUAAGAACCGUGAACAAAUUGUAAUAUAUAUAAAUAUAUAUAUUAGCUAGGCUUUGACAUUGACAGAUAAAUUAGUUAGAUUUUAUAAAAUAUUUAUUUUAAUUUAUUUAAUAACGACUUGUUUCUCCUUUAUAUUUGUAGUGUUUCACCCAUUUAAUUAUGAGAAAUUUGAAAAAGUUUUGAAUUCUUUGGUAUGAGACAAGUUCAGGAAUUGAUGGAAAGAUUUUUGUAUUAGGUUUCUUUAUUUUUCCAUUGGAUUUUGUGAGGUGAGAAUUUGGUUAAUUUUGUUGUAUUUUAUUUUGGUCAUAGAAUGUCGUCUUCUUUUUAUGUUUGCAUUUGACAAGUUCAUCGACAUUUCUGCCAUUUAAUUUAGUUUUUCAUCUAUCUUAACUGUGUUCUGGAUGGUGAUUUAUGCAAGCAUUCUUAUAGUUUCCAUGCUUGUUCCACGAGAAAUUCUUUGACGAUCGUUGCCGUUAACUUUUUUAUCGGCAGUUUUAUUAUUAAUGAUACAAAAAUUGUACAUUUUGUAUUUCCCGAAACAUCAUCUAUACUAUAUAUUUAGAAAUUUCUAUGAAUCUCUGAGUAUAAUUUAUCUUCUGCAUUUUUUCUUUUUUGGAACAUAUUUUGUCUUUUAAUAUUUCUUUCGUCUUUUACAGAUCAUGCAGAGAAAUUCUCGUCGAAAUUUUGGGCAUGUCAAGUCCAAAAUUACCGACAAAUUUUAAUAUACAAAAUGGAAAUGAUGGAGUUUGCUACUCGAAUUUGACAGUUAUUUUUUGAGAUUUAACUCUAAUUAUUUUAUGAUUUCAAAGACAGAGAGAAUGCUAACGUCCACGUAAUUAGAAUUCCAUGUGUUUGGUUUGUUUAGGAGAAUUCCAAGUAGGUCUGUCCAUUGCUAGAAAGAACUGAGUAAGUGUAAGAUUUAAUUUGUUUGUCUUAAAUCUUAAUUUAAAGAUCUGAAGCGAUUGGUUUCAAAUUAAUGAUUAUGCAGUUAUACACGGCAAGAUGAACAAAUUAUUUGGCGAUAUACGUAAGGAAUUCAAAAGAAUAAUCAUUUGUGGACGAUCAUUCGUUUGAAUUUUUCAAACAGAAAUAGAGAAUUUCCUUUUCCUCCAAAAAUCGGCAUACAUUUAUGACCAAUUUUGGAGAGAACAUGAAUAUUUGUAUGUUCAGAUAUAGUUAAUUCCCUUUUGUAUUCUGUCGUUUAACAUGUACCGAUCCUCCUGUGCAGAUAAACAAAGUAGCGUUGAUAUCCAUUCACAUCUACAUUCACAAACGUUGCACCAAAAUCACAUUUUACUUAUUGGUAUUCUUGUUACGUAUGGUCAUCAAAUCUCUGUUUAGUUCUUUACAAGACCAUUUUUGAAUUAAAAAUAAUUAUUGGUGUUAAAUCUGUAAUCAUGGCACCCAUUCGUAUGCAAUUUUUGUCCAUCUUGUAAACAUAAUUGCAGAUACUUUCAUCCACCGUGCUUCGGUAGUAGUGAGGACACCUACAGUUUGACCGAAAUGCUAGUCUAUCGUGCCUCCAAUUCUUGUUUUACUUCAUAAAUAAUUUCAUGUCACCCAAGAAUGUAUCCACCACUGUAACAGAAUAAAGAUAAACAAUAACAGGAAUACAAAGCUGUAAUUUUGACAUUGAAUAUAAAUUACAUACCUGUUAAUUUGCUUUUCCUGCAACAAUUGUUACGCUACUAGAAACUUUCUAGUCACUGCAAGUAACGCAAUGAUCAAGUUCUAGAAUUUGCAAUUCCACAUCUUAGUAGCGUAGCAUAGCAUAGCAUGACUCAAAUUUACAAAUGUAGUUGCAUUACAAUCAGUUUAUCGUUUGUAGCCACAUUUAUUCUUCAUGACGAUUUGCAUUACGAGACAAUCCGUUCCUUAAAUUAAUUAUUGGCCGCCCGCGAAACACUUUUCUUAUUGUUCCUCUGUGUCUCUGUGAUUUGCACCUCAAUAAUUUGUCGCAAUACUAAGUAAAUUAUUUUGGCAAAGGGACCAAGUCACCUUAUUAAUUGUUUACAAAUUUGUUUCUUGUAUGCGACAGCAGUUUUCAGUAGAAUUAUCAUUAAUAAGUGAGCCCGCAUCAUUAGUUCAUCUUGCUGUGUAUGCUUUGACAGCUUUUUUCAUUUUCAAAAUUAAUUUUCCAGAAAGCAUCACCACUAAAUGACGCAAUUGUGAUAACAGCAAAAAAAUUACACUUUUUGUUUUUACUUUGUAAAAUAAAACAGAACAUCAAAACUUCAUUGCUCAAAAUUUUGUCACUUUAAAGAAUUUGUAUUCAAAGUCUUUUGUAAUCUGAGAGUCUUUGACAGAAUUUCCAUUUUGAAACACUGCGGAGGGGAUUUGUUUUGUAAAUUUUCGAUCGGCACAAACCGACGAAGAUUCCUAUUUAAGUGAUGCCAGAGACAUUAAAGCAUCGAGUGCCAUAAUUCUAUUCUUUAAUACCGCAGUGCUCUGUUUUCCAUUGUUACUUUGGAAUGUUUGGCGAAUUUAAGCAUGCAGAGACGUCCUCGCGCACAUUAUUUAUCCCGGUGCCACGGGGUUCUACUUUACUCCACCUCGUUCAUCACAGAAAAAGCAAUUUAUCUUCACUUACUUCAAGGAUAACACAUCUAGCCAAGCCACAUUCCUCUCUCGACUCUCGCAUCCUAUAUUAGACAUUUGAAGAGCUGCUAUUUAUUAUAAAUAUAUUUAUUUAUUUUUUUGUUUAAAAAUAAUAAGCCAAAUUUUAAGAAUUAAUCCAAAUAACCACAGCUUUACUCGAUAGAAUUGGUCUGUUGUUAUAUUUUAAUAGUUUAAGUAUUAUUUAUUUGUAUUUAUAGAUGGAUUGAAAGAAUUUUUCGUUUGAAUCGUUCUUUCCGAACUUCUGUAUAUUUAUGUAAAGAGAUAUAACAUCUAUUUUUGAUUAUUUUCGAAUUUUUCCCAUAUAUUUGUAUACAUAAGAACCGUGUGUACGGAUAUGCAUCAUAUAAAUGAAUAAAAUAAAAGAUAUAUAUUAUAUAUUUAUGCCGACAUACGUCGUCCAAAAUGAAUUUUGUAUUGAGAACCAAAACGAGAAGAUUUUGCUUUCUCCGAAUAAACUCUUGAUUUAUCAUGCUA